AUGGAAAUUAAGAAAGAAUCACUCGAAGUACGAAGAUUAGCUGAUAAAAGAUUCUCGAGAGGAAAAUCGCAAAAGCUGUACUCGUUUAUAAAUCGCGAAAACACGAGAAAACCCAUGAAUGACGUGAAAGAGAACAGAACCUGCACGAAGUGCGGUCGUGACAAAUCACAUUCUACAUGCCCAGCUGCCGAAAAAGAAUGUUUCAAUUGUCGAAAGAUUGGUAAUUUCCGUGCACAGUGUUUCUCAAGAAAAUCCAACAGCAGAUCGAAGCAAGUAAAAGCUGCUGGCUUGCAUGGUGGUUCUGUUAUGAAUGAUGUCCAACAAGAUUCGGUCGACUCGUCUGAUUCCGAUCCCGAGUUUUACAAAUGUGUGAGCGAGAAAAUGGGCAUACGGGCAGUAAAAGGACAAAAUACUAGCAACAUUUUGUUACCUGUUUACAUCUGUGGAACCAAAAUUAUCGUUGAUCCAGAUACCGGCGCUGAUGUCGACCUAAUCUCAGUUAAAGAUUUCAAGAGAAUUCAUGACGCAAAUCCUGAGAUCAAGAAACAAAUAAAGAAACCAAAACAGAAGAUCUACGCCCUGAAUGGUGAAGAGCUGGAAGUCAUAGCUACAAUUAAAGAUGCAAAGUUGUCAAACAAGAACGCAGAAAUACUCACUGAUCUCUUCGUUAUUGAGGACGGUAUUCAUAAAUUCCCAUUAUUAUCAGAAAGAACAGUGAUGAAUCUUGGUAUGAUUAAAUACAGCGCUGAGGGAGAGUUUGUGAAGAAAGUUGACGCGAGACGGAGCGAUGACAAAGAAAAGAAAGUGUAA